GGGGUCUAUACGUCCUCUGGUCGCUGUCUUGGCUCUGGUGUUGUCUGUGAGUCUAGUGGAUGAAGUGAUGUGCUUCCCUGACACUGAUGUCACCACAAACUGCUCAUCCACCGGCUACCCAUCUGUCCCUUGCGCUGCCCCUGCUAACACAGUGACUCUGGAUCUCUCCCACAACUACAUGGAGAAAGUACCAGCAGGCUGCUUCCCCAAUCUGCAGAAACUAAAGCGGCUCCUUCUUCAGUCCAAUCGCAUCAGCGCUGUGGACCCAAAUGCCUUUCAGCACAACCCAGUGCUGGAGUAUCUGGACAUCUCACACAACCUCCUACCACAGAUCUCUGCUUUGCCCUUCACAAGUCUUCCUGCUCUCGCAUACCUAGACAUCUCCAAUAACGCCUACAAGGACAUCAUUGUGGACGACUCCUUUGACCCACGGGGGAACCUGCGGAGCGUGAAGCUUGGUAGCUCUCAUGGUAUAACCAUCAGGAGGGAUCAGGUGAAAAGACUUGGGGAUCUUAAGCUUAAAGAGGUGCACCUUGUUGCUGGUAAAAUCAAAGAGUAUGAACCAGGAUCUCUGUCGGCCCUGAAGAACAUGGACAUGCUGACACUGGACACAGAAUACUCUGACACAGCCACACAUCUUUUGAUACUGACCGACACUUGCAACAACACAAAAACCUUAACAGUGACGAAAUUGGAUCUCACAAAAACCAAUAUCGUUUUUCCUGUGCAAGAUCUUCUGGAAAGAUCAACUUUUUCCAGGUUAAUAGCGAAAGAUUGGAUGAUUGAUGGAAUAUACUGUGAAUUGAUGCCAUACUUUCUGAAUUCAAACAUCGAGGAGUUGUAUGUAGAAAACCUUCAUGGAAAGGAUCUUUGUAACUUCACCAUUGGAACCUUCACCCGUUGUCACCUUCGAAUAUUUUCACUUAAUGGCAUUGACAAUAGGGACUUCAUGCGGUUCCGACCACAACUGACCAUAGGUAAAUUCAUGGCAUGCCUGACCGACAUUUCUGCCAUAAACAUAAGCACAAGGUUCUUCCCCUGUGAGUUAUCAGUCGCCUUGGUCAACCUGAAGACCCUUAAUCUCUCUAUAAAUGAGUUACUAGAAACCCGUGUUCUCACAGACUGUCAGUCGCCCUUCCCAAAACUCCAGUCUUUGGCAGUUGAUCAUAACAUGUUUGAGCACCUUGGGGUCCUCGGCAACAAAACUGCCCAUAUGAAAGAUCUCGUGAACUUGACAGCGAGCUACAACACCAUUCACUUGGAGCCACAGGUAAUCUUUAUCAACUGGACCAAAAGCCUGAGGAGGCUGAAUCUCAGGGGUAAUCAGCUAACGAAUGAAGCAUUCCUGUUUCUCCCCCAAACACUGGAGAUGCUGGAUAUCAGCUACAAUAUCAUUCACACCAUCCCCAACCUCCGGAGGAUGAACAAUCUCCGAGAGCUCUUCCUCUCUGGCAACAAAAUCAUGACGCUCCACAAUGUGCUUCUCCCCUCCUCAGUGCGUCUUCUGCGUGUGGACAGAAACAACAUGAGCAUCGUCAGAGAAGCCACCAUCAGGUCUCUGAAUGUGGCACAGCUGGACUUCAGUGGGAACCCGCUGCACUGUGACUGUGACACGCUGCAGUUGGCCCAGUUCUGCAGAGACUCCAGCCAGACCGAGAUCCUGGGUUGGCCCUCAAGGUACCGAUGCCAGAGCCCUGACAGUCUGAGGAAUGAGACUCUACAGCAGCUGUCUCUGCCUUGGCCGUCUUGUCAUAAGGGUCUCUGUGCUCUGAUAGUGAUUUGCUGUAUUUGUUUACCAAUAAUUUGCUAUUUGCUUUUUAAAAAGCUCCAUGGUCAGAUACCACACUUCUCCAGAGAUCUGUCUUAUGGCUCUGUGUCUUAAAGCUAGCUUAGCCCAACUAACAUGCUACAAAUGACUAGCGAGCUAACUGGUCAAGGCAUUCAGAACUAUGCUUUGACAGUGAUUUGCUUAAUAAUAACAUGCUAUCUUCUGUAGGAAAACCUACAUGGUCAAAGAUCAUGCUUUCGCAGAGGUGUAUCCUAUGACUUAGAGUUGUAGGGUACCAAAUUGUUAAAAAAUCUUUAGAGGUGGGUCACAUCCAGUAGGUCUGUGUCCUAAGUUUGUUAGUUUUUGUCAGGUUAAUAUAGCUUCUAUAGAAUACAAAUAUAUUAUGUAAUUUGGCUUGGUGUUUUUAUUGUGUUCAUAAUGUGUUUAACAAUAGUGCCCUACAAAGCAAGAAGGCAGUAACUGCGUUUUUGGUCUAUUUUUUUUAUUAUAAUUUUCUUAACAUUCAACUUGUUAUGAAGAUUGAUAUUUAACAAAAAUAAGUUAAUGUUAAGUAACAAAACCUCCACAUGUCCAAUAAUUCACCUACAACUACUUAGGCUGAACAGCCUAGUUGUCAGUUGGCAGUUGCCUUUUUGCUUUGUAGGGCAGAAUAGGAGUGGCUUCAUUUUAAAACCGCUCCAUGUUUUGAGUUAACAGCACACAUACAGUAUAUGCAUGCUUUGAUGAUUACAUAUUUUGCGAUUGUGGAUUGAUUGAUUGCUCAAUUAGACAAACUGAAAACUAACCUACUGUUUAUAAUAAAAUCAUAUUUGAUUACCAUUUAAUUGUUUGGGUUUUUUUUAGGUCUAGGCACAUACAGUCUCCAGAGCCACAUGUGGCUGUUCAGCCCCCUUGUAGCGCCUCCCUUU